GUUAAGCCCAUCCACAGUAAUGGCCACAGCCUUACCCAGGACCUUGGGGGAGCUGCAGCUGUAUAGAAUAUUGCAGAAAGCCAACCUGCUUUCUUACUUUGAUGCCUUCAUUCAACAAGGUGGCGAUGAUGUCCAGCAACUUUGUGAGGCUGGAGAAGAGGAAUUUUUGGAAAUCAUGGCACUCGUGGGCAUGGCAAGCAAGCCCCUUCACGUCAGAAGGCUACAGAAGGCUUUGAGAGACUGGGUUACAAACCCUGGCCUUUUCAAUCAGCCACUGACUUCCCUUCCUGUCAGUAGCAUACCCAUCUAUAAGUUACCAGAGGGAUCACCAACAUGGUUGGGGAUAUCUUGCAAUAGUUAUGAAAGGAAUAGCAGUGUGCGGGAACCGCAUUUAAAAAUCCCUAAGUGUGCGGCCACCACAUGUGUGCAGAGCUUGGGUCAGGGCAAGUCAGAGGUGGGAAGUUUGGCACUGCAGAGUGUCAGUGAGUCCAGACUCUGGCAAGGACACCAUGCCACUGAGAGUGAGCACAGCCUCUCCCCAGCAGACCUGGGCUCCCCAGCCUCUCCAAAGGAAAGCAGUGAGGCCCUGGAUGCUGCCGCUGCACUCUCUGUGGCUGAGUGUGUGGAGCGGAUGGCCUCCACGCUGCCCAAAAGUGACUUGAAUGAAGUGAAAGAGCUGCUCAAGAACAAUAAGAAGUUGGCCAAAAUGAUUGGUCACAUCUUCGAGAUGAGUGAUGAAGAUCCACAUAAAGAAGAGGAGAUUCGGAAGUACAGUGCCAUCUAUGGGCGAUUCGACUCCAAGAGAAAGGAUGGCAAACACCUCACAUUGCAUGAGCUCACUGUCAAUGAAGCAGCCGCUCAGCUCUGUGUGAAGGACAAUGCCCUGCUGACGAGAAGAGAUGAACUUUUUGCCCUGGCCAGGCAGGUUUCUCGAGAAGUUACCUACAAGUACACUUACAGGACCACCAGGUUAAAAUGUGGCGAAAGAGAUGAGUUGUCUCCAAAGAGAAUCAAAGUGGAGGACGGAUUUCCAGACUUCCAGGAACCUGUGCAAACACUCUUCCAGCAGGCCAGAGCCAAGAGCGAGGAGCUCGCAGCUCUCAGUUCACAGCAGGCCGAAAAGGGGAUGGCGAAGCAGAUGGAGCUCCUGUGUGCCCAGGCCAGCUAUGAGAGGCUGCAGCAGGAGAGGAGACUGACAGCAGGGCUCUACAGGCACAGCCCAGACGGCCUGCCUUCUGAUGGUUCAGAUGGACAAGGAGAAAGACCUUUGAAUCUCCGAAUGCCUAACGUACAGAACAGACAGCCCCAUCAUUUUGUGGCCGAUGGGGAGCUAAGCAGACUUUACUCCAGUGAGGCGAAGUCCCACUCAUCAGAGACCCUCGGGAUUUUAAAAGACUACCCUCACUCAGCUUUUACAUUGGAAAAGAAAGUUAUUAAAACAGAGCCUGAAGACUCAAGAUAGCCUAGAUUCUCCCACUGUCUCUGAAAAUGGCGCCAGAUUCAAGGAUAAUGCUCCAUCAUAGAAUAAGCCUUAAUAACCAGUGUUGCCUCAUUCUGCUCAAACAGACCAUAGCCAAAGCAUAAGAACUCACAGUAGUCUGUGGAAACCAGGACAAAGCAACAUCCACAGAAGAAGAAAUCAAGAGUGUUGCAAUGUAACAAACACUGACCAUUAGCUUCCUGUGUAAGUUGUUUGUAUGGAAAGGCUCAAUAUUAUAGGCAUUCACUAUUUAAGAAUGUACAAUGUGUCUGUGUAAUUUAUAGAAGCAAAUCUAGCUGUUAAGACCUUUUGGUCUAAUAGAUGUGGAUACCAUUCUUUUUACUUGAAAUUUUGUUGUCUACUUUAAGUGUAUUUACGGUAAAUGUUACUCAUCAACAUUUAGGACUUUUGAGUCAUAAAAAGAAAGCUUAAGCAAUGUAGUUAUUGGCAAGGUGACAGUGACUGUAGAGAGAUGGAAGGCAAAUACUCAGUUUACACCAAAAGACUGUGUACUUAAUACUUGAUUAAAAUUGAUUUUGGUUAAUAGGAAAUGUGUAGCCAUCACUAAAUAAUGCCACUUUCAUUGGUUUAAUCCAUGCAUGAAUUAAAAAUUAGAGUAAUAUUUCCAAUAUGAGGUAGGCUACAUUUAGGACAGCUGCUCAAGAUGUAAGACAGAAGACUUGAAAUAAACGUGCUAAUGUGUAAAAGCCUUGACUUAAACAUUGGGAUUUCGGAGUAUGUUAAGUAAAUUAAGGCAUAGUAAAUUAACCCUAAAUGUGAUAAAGGUGGUGACACAGGAGAACUGACAUGGCGUGUGUGUUUUGUUUUUAGUCCUGCUUUAAAUCAUGGCUGUAAUAAAUAUUAGUUCCUAAUCUGUUCUGUGGAAAUCUGUUGACCAAAUGUUAGAUGAGAUGUCCUCACCACAGUCUCUAAUCACUGUCAUGUGGUCACUUUUCCUUCUGACCUGUAGAAGAGUGUUACAGUAGAAACACCAGUAAACUUCUCUACCACUGAAAAGGCUUUUUUCCCUUCCUGAAUGUUUCUACCGGACCAUGGCGUUUGCCCACUGGAAGAAGUGUGUCAUGGACCUUGACCUCUGCUGCUCUUGAUGUUGACUACUGUGGUUUCACAGUCCGCUGUGUAUAGAGCUAGUGUGAUACCAUUUGCAUAGAACAUUCAGUUUUUUGAUUAGCCACAGCACUGGUUAAUGUCCCCCUACUUUCAUGAACUGUUUCCUGUAUUCUGUAAUCUAUUUUGAGAAAAUUUUGUGGUCCUUUUUUAAAAAAUUGUGUCUUACAGUUCAAGUUUGUAGGUUUUAACAUGCAAGUUUUAAAAGAUGCAGUAAUCUUGCCCCUUGUGUUUGUCUGUCACUCCCGGACCCAGAACCUGCAUCUUUAAAUCUAGAAGUAAGUUUCCUUAAGUAGCAUACUAUUCUGACUUUCAAGCUUAGAGAUAAAGAAGAAGCACAAAAACAAAUGUCAGUAGAAUACAGUUUUUAUUUUGUAAACACUAAUGUAUUAAACUUGCUAUACAUUAAAGCAAAUAAUAUAUAUUUUUAUUUGAAUGGUGUAUAUAAAUUGGAUGUUAUAACUAGUGUUUUUUUUUUUUCAUUUUAAGAUAUUUUCACUGAACAAGGUCAAUUGGUUACCUCAGUAUUACAGCCAAUAUAAUCCAAGGACCAUUUCUCCCCAAGUCUGUGUUAUUCUUUAUUGUGUGGAUUCUACAUUCUUGUGAUUCUUAAAACUGUUGAUAAGAUGAGUUGAGUGCACUUGCUUCCUGUGGCAAUAAAGAAUUCCUGUGCCUCAUG